GUCACCUUCUGUAUAAAACAGGAACUGGAGCACUUAGAGGCAAACAAGCGCAAUGGAUGUAAUCUCUAAAGAGGGUCCGCUCUUUUUGCAGGGGGUCAAGUUUGGAAAGAAGAUAUGGCGGAAAUCCUGGCUGAUUCUGUUCGAGCCCAGCCCUGCAGGUAUCGGCCGUGUGGAGCUGUAUGACAUGCGUGAUAGAGGGGGGCUGAUAGGGUCGGCCACUGCGAGGCCUUCGGGGCUCAGGAAGACGGACAAACGGGUGAUCCGCCUGACAGACUGUCUGAGCAUCACUCCAGCCCCGGGAGAAAGCUGUCCCACAGAUUGCUCGGCCUUCUUUUUAAACACCACCUCAUGCACCUACACCAUCGCCGCUCCAGCCCAGGAGGACUGGAUAAGUGUUCUGUGCCAGCUAGCGUUUCAGAAGACCCAAAGACCCGAGGACGGCAGGAAAGAUAAAUACACAGCCCUGGCUGAUAAUGAACUCUACUCCACCUGGGGAGCAGGCCAGUUCCAGGUGACAGUGCAGAGCACAGAUGCGUCUCAAAGGUGCAAGAUGUCUGGGUCAUACCUGCUGUCUUCUGGGAAAGAGGCUAUUUGUCUGCUGGACCUUAAGACCGGACAGGCCAUCUACCACUGGCCCUAUAGGCUCCUCAGGAGAUUUGGCCAAGUCAAGGGGGGAAUUAUGAUCGAGGCAGGUCGUCGCUGUCACACCGGGGAGGGUCAGUUUAUUUUCCUGUCAAAACAGGGGACGCAAAUAAAGAGGGCCAUUGAGGAGGCCAUCAUGCACCAGAGUGUCCAAGAACUGCUGGCACAAGCCACCGCUCUUCCGCAAGAGUUCUCCUCCAAGCCCCCCUCGCCCAAAAGCAAACCACAGGACAGGCCUAAGGUGAAAAAUCUUCCUCCAAUCAGUGUGAAUCAAGAUCGACCGCGCCCAGCAUUACAAUGCAAACACGGCCAACAAAUACACAAAGCCAUCGAGCAGGCGCUCACACACCAGAAUCACCAAGAGCUGCCGCCGCCAUCCACACCCCUUCCACAACCCGUUCCACCCCCGCCACCUUUACCAAAAACCAAAACACAGGGCACGGACAAAGCUAAGGUCAAUAUGCAACUUCAAGCCAACAAGAAUAAUGAAAGACCUUGCCCAUCUGCACUGAAAAAGCCUGGGCAGCCGAUACACAAGAUCAUUAAAGGGGUUCUCACCAACCAGAAUGUGCAAAAGGCAUCAUCCACUCCUCAACAAGCCCCUCCACUACCACCACCCUUGCCUAAAAACAAACCGCAGGACAGGCCUAAUAUUAAAAUGCCUCCAGACAGACCCUGUCCAACAGUACCACGCAGAUACAUCUCCUUACCGGAUCCACCGGCUCGCAUCAAAAGCCCUGUAAACAGCCCGGAUGAAGUUCUGUAUUCAGUGCUCUUUCCACAACCAAAGCCGAGAUCAAAAAUGAAUCUCCCAAAAGUCCCGACUCCUCCCAGUCUACCACCAAACAUGGAUACAGAUGUAACCGUGGAUAAAGAGAAGGAUUGUAAAACAACAGAAGAACCUUCCAAGGCCAACAAUGAAGAAGCUCCCUACACUAACUGGACGACGAAGACCACCGAUCGACCGAAUAUCGAGGACCUAUAUAGCACAGUGGAUUUUGCAGCAAAACGUAAGAACAGACAAACCGAGGACGGUGACGACCAAGAGCGGCCUAACACUGAACAACAAACUCCUGUUAUCGCUUCCAGUGAAAUCCCUGCUGAGUUCAAAGAGACCCUUUCUAGCAUUCUGUUUAAAGAUCUGUCUAAAAUCCCACCCCCAUUUCCACCUAGGUCACGUGGGGGAAGUAACGAUCAGUUAGAUCGAAUAGAUGAGCAGAUGACUGACUGAGGUUUUUAUUGUCUGCCGUUGAGGUCAGUGUUAUUGCUAGCCUGAUUAUUGUGAGCGAUAUGCGCUACGUGUGCGAUUUAAGUUUCAACACGAAACUUUUAAUAAUAAUACACAGAAUAUCUAGUGACAUGUAUAAGGGAAAUGUUCUUUAUUGAAAAUGUUUUGUAAGACAUAGCCUGUUGUAAAAGCGUAUGUUUAACCAAUAUAUCACAAGUUAUUUAAAACAGUUUGGUUCUGACUUGGCAUGAAACAUCAGCCGAAGCUCUAAUUUCAAAGACUAAUUAAAUUAAUGAAUCAAACACUGAAUUUAAUAAUAUUUUACUUCAAACUGUGGACCAGCAACUGUUUGGUUACCCACAUUCUCUAAAAUAAGAAAAAUAACUUGUACAGGUUUGGAAC